GUGCAGGCAGGAGCCCUGCGGCCGGGCCGGGCUGCCGGGGACAUGACGCCUCGCCGGGAGGGCGCCUCGGGCAAGAAGAAGACCACGGGGGAGGCAAAGUUUCAGGGCAGCUGAGAGCCCCGGCCGCAGCCCUUCCGAGCGCAAUCAGCCCCUGGCUAUGGAGGGCGGACUCUAAGAUGAAUCCCGACCUGGACCCCGGCCACAACACAUCAGCACCUGCCCACUGGGGAGAGUUGAAAGAUGCCAACUUCACUGGCCCCAACCAGACCUCGAGCAACUCCACACUGCCCCAGCUGGACGUCACCAGGGCCAUCUCCGUGGGCCUGGUGCUGGGCGCCUUCAUCCUCUUUGCCAUCGUGGGCAACAUCCUGGUCAUCCUGUCUGUGGCCUGCAACCGGCACCUGCGGACACCCACCAACUACUUCAUCGUCAACCUGGCCAUCGCCGACCUGCUGCUGAGCUUCACCGUGCUCCCCUUCUCCGCUGCCCUGGAGGUGCUGGGCUACUGGGUGCUGGGGCGGAUCUUCUGCGACAUCUGGGCGGCCGUGGACGUCCUGUGCUGCACCGCGUCCAUCCUGAGCCUGUGCGCCAUCUCCAUCGAUCGCUACAUCGGGGUGCGCUACUCUCUGCAGUACCCCGCGCUGGUCACCCGGCGCAAGGCCAUCUUGGCGCUCCUCAGCGUCUGGGUGCUGUCCACGGUCAUCUCCAUCGGGCCUCUCCUCGGGUGGAAGGAGCCGGCGCCCAACGAUGACAAGGAGUGUGGGGUCACCGAAGAACCCUUCUACGCCCUCUUCUCCUCCCUGGGCUCCUUCUACAUCCCCCUGGCGGUCAUUCUGGUCAUGUACUGCCGUGUCUAUAUCGUGGCCAAGAGGACCACCAAGAACCUGGAGGCGGGCGUCAUGAAGGAGAUGUCCAACUCCAAGGAGCUGACCCUGAGGAUCCACUCGAAGAACUUUCACGAGGACACCCUCAGCAGCACCAAGGCCAAGGGCCACAACCCCAGGAGUUCCAUAGCUGUCAAACUUUUUAAGUUCUCCAGGGAAAAGAAAGCUGCCAAGACCUUGGGCAUUGUGGUCGGUAUGUUCAUCCUGUGCUGGCUACCCUUCUUCAUUGCACUACCGCUUGGCUCCCUGUUCUCCACCCUGAAGCCCCCCGACGCCGUGUUCAAGGUGGUGUUCUGGCUGGGCUACUUCAACAGCUGCCUCAACCCCAUCAUCUACCCGUGCUCCAGCAAGGAGUUCAAGCGCGCCUUCGUGCGCAUCCUCGGGUGCCAGUGCCGCGCUGUGCUGGAUCCCCUUGGUCCCAUUUAUGCCUUUGCCAUUAGUGACCUCCGGGGCUAUGCAAAUCUGACCCUGUGGCUGAAAUUGACGUCCUGGACUUGCGGCAUAAAUCCUGCUUUCCGGCUUUAG